CACGCUCGCUCUCACCAACGGUGCACCGUUAUCGGGCCGAGCUGUCGUCCCGUCCUCUUCUCUUCUCUCUUCUUCUCUUCUCCAGCCGUACACGGCGGGCCUCGGUGAAUCUCUCAGAGGGCCGUACGCUCAACAUACUCCCUCUGAUUUUCGAAGCGGAGAAGCAGCUGUUGUCGAGGGGUUUUCUCUGCAGUUAGAGGGCGAAAGAUGAAGUUGGACAGAGGUUGGAUGUGGCGCGUGCUGCUCCUGACCUCCCUGGCUGUGGCGGCUGUGGCGGCCCAGGACCAGCAGGUGGAGGCUGACGUUUCGGACAUCGAUGAAGAUAUGGGCCUGGAUGACGAGGAAUUAAAUGUUCUGAUGGCAGAAGAGGAGGAGGAAGAGGAGGAGGAGGCGACGGUGAUGGAUGAAGACCACUCUGAUGAGACCGAGACAGAGACAGCGAGUGAGAAGGCUGGCGAGGCUGGAACGGAUGCAAAUGUCUCCUUCCAGGUAACGUACAAGACUCCUGUCCCCACUGGAGAUGUCUACUUUGCAGAGACGUUUGACGAUGGAUCAUUGGACAGAUGGCAGCUGUCAAAGACGGUGAAGGGGGACACAGAUGAUGACAUUGCCAAAUAUGACGGGAAGUGGGCUGUGGAGCAGUUGAAGGAGAACAAAGUUCCAGGAGACCUGGGUCUGGUGCUCAAGUCCCGGGCCAAACACCACGCAGUCUCUGCAAUGCUGGACAAACCCUUUGUCUUCCAGGAUGAACCUCUGGUCUUACAGUAUGAGGUGAAUUUCCAGGACGGUAUUGACUGUGGUGGAGCGUACAUCAAACUGCUUUCAGACACUGGCAAUCUCAAUCUGGAGCAAUUCCAAGACCGUACACCCUACACCAUCAUGUUUGGACCAGACAAGUGUGGCGAGGACUACAAGCUGCACUUCAUCUUCCGCCACCAGAAUCCUCUGAACAAAGACUUCGAGGAGAAGCAUGCCAAGAGGGCCGAUGUCGACCUCAAGAAGUUCUACACUGACAAGAAGACUCACCUCUACACUUUGGUGCUGAACCCAGACAACAGCUACGAGAUGUUAAUCGACCAGUCUAGCGUGAGCCGCGGCAGCCUGCUGCAUGACGUUGUGCCUCCAAUCAACCCCCCCAAAGAGAUCGAUGACCCAAAUGACUCCAAGCCUGACGACUGGGACGAGAGGGCCAAGAUUCCUGACCCUGAGGCUGUCAAGCCCGAUGACUGGGAUGAAGAUGCCCCAGCAAAAAUCGAUGACCCUGACGCUUUGAAGCCAGAGGGCUGGCUGGAUGAUGAACCAGAGUUUGUCCCCGACCCUAAUGCUGAGAAACCAGAAGACUGGGACGAGGAGAUGGAUGGUGAGUGGGAAGCCCCGCAGAUUCCUAACCCAGCCUGUGAGACCGCUCCUGGCUGUGGGGAGUGGAAGCGUCCCAAGAUCAACAACCCUCAGUACAAGGGCAAGUGGAAAGCCCCUCUGGUGGACAAUCCCAACUAUCAGGGAGUCUGGAAGCCGCGCAAGAUCGAUAACCCAGACUAUUUUGAGGACCUGCAGCCCUUCAGGAUGGCACCUUUCAAGGCUCUGGGCUUGGAGUUGUGGUCCAUGACCUCGGAUAUCUACUUCGACAACUUCAUUAUCACCUCUCACAAAGAGGUGGCCGACCGCUGGGCCUCUGACAGCUGGGGGCUGAAGAAACUGGUGGCCAGCGCUAACGAGCCGGGGAUUUUCGCUCAGCUGAUGUUGGCAGCAGAGGAACGACCGUGGCUCUGGGUGAUCUACAUACUGACAGUUGGCCUGCCUGUAGGACUGGCUGUGCUCUUCUGCUGGCCAAAGAAAUCGGAUGACGACUACGUGUACAAGAAGGUGGACCCUCCCCAGGCUGAUAUAGAGGAAGAGGAGGAGGAAGAAGAGGAGGCAGCAGCAGAUGAGGAAGACAAAGCAGCUGAGGCUACAGAUGGAGCAGCAGCUGCAGCAACACAAGAAGCUGAGGAGGAGGAGGAGGAGGAAGAAGAGGAGGAGGAAGAAGAGGAAGAAGAGGAGGCUUGAGGGAGCCGGAUGCAGGAGGUGACAAUCUAGAGGGGAUGAGGAAGAG